AUGCUCUCUCAUCUGAAUCCCCCAGAUGUCACCUCGUUGACAACCAGCUUCUCCUGGUCGAUGCACCCAUCCUGGACAGCAUUCUGCAAUGGUAUGACGUCGAGUGCGGUUGACUUUUUUUAUCGUCAAGGUGAGGGAUUGUUUGGAACUACUGCUCCAAAAUACCUCAAAAAUAUAAAAGGAGAAGAACAGACAAUCUACUUUCACACCUACAAAAAAGUCAACCGCACUCGACGUCAUACCAUUGCAGAAUGCUGUCCAGGAUGGGUGCAUCGACCAGGAGAAGCUGGUUGUCAACGAGGUGACAUCUGGGGGAAUCAGAUGAGAGAGCAUGAUUAUGUUAAUAGGGUUAAAUAG